AUGCGUUUUUUCAUGGUAGGCAACCGGCGCCUGCGCACUGUCCAGCCCCAAAUCCUUAGUGACCUGAAGGAUGGGUGGGUCGGCCUCCGUAAGCCUGGCGCGCAACGCUUUCUCGCUUUCAGGGGAGGAGCACACAAAACAGGACUUGGUGCUGGACAGCACCAACCCUUCAUCACCAAGGUGUUGCCGGAGGCUGCGGAGCGCCUUGAUCGCUCUCACUGCCACGCUGGUGUGGCUCUCGCUUUGCACAUCCACGCUUAUGUCGUCGAUGUAGAUAUCCAUGUCUGUGAUCUGUACCUCCUGCGUGAGGCGGUCACAGACUGGGAAGAGCGCAGCUUUGGACAGCGCCGGCGCCAGCGGGCAACCGGCUAA